UGAACGUCACUUGUGUUAGUAUUAGUAGUGUCACUAUUUGGGUCGAGAAAAUUCAUUGAUGAAUUUAUUUCUGAGGUUGUUGGAAUCUAGUGUUCUCAUUUCAUUCAUUUGCGAAAGUUUAGUGAUUUAGAAAACGAUGGAUUUUGGGAAAGUAUUAUACAAUGCCCAGAAAAAUAAAGAUAUUCGAAAAGAGCCAAUCAAAUAUUAUAGCACAAAAUUUGCUCCUCCAAAGAAGGAACAAAGAGAUAAAGCUCGUAUAUCUGUUAAUGUAAAAAAAUUUCUAGAAAAGAAAGAGGAGGAAGAGAAGCAAAAACGGAUUGAAGCUCAAAGAAAGAAAGAGGAAUUAUUAGCAUUAAGAUCAAAGGAUAAAAAAGCUGUUAAACGUGUUAAUGUGAUGUUGAAACGGACCAAAUCAGCAAAUCAAUCUGUUAUUCAAGAUGCUGUAGACUCUGACAAUACUGCCAUCACUUUAGUAGGGCCUGCACAACCAGAUGAAGAUGAUUACGGAUAUGUUUCUCAAGAAGCGGCUGCAUUUUACAGCAAAAUGAUGGACAAAUACAAUAAAAUGCCAGAAGAACCAUCCAAGUUCUUGCCAGACAAGAAAAAGGUCAAUACUAAUCUAAACUCAACUAAAGAUAGAGUACGAGCUGCUUUAGAAAAAGAAAAAGAAGAAGCUCUUAUGCCACACAAAAGAAAGAGGAAACAUAAGGAAGAGAAUUCUUCUCCAGAUGAUAGUCUUUCCUCUAAAAUAGUUGAGGAGAAACCUGAGGCUAAAAAAUUAAAGACUGAUAAAGUUAGGCCCAAAAUGCCUCCUCCAAUGAAUUUCAAUGAUCUCCUCAAAUUAGCUGAAAAAAAACAAUUUGAACCAGUUGUUUUUGAAAAAAAAGCAAAAGAAGUGGAAAACCCCUUAACCAAAAAACAGCAAAGAGAAAUGGAAAAAAUGAAGGAAUGGCAAAGUAGGAAAAAAGAAAAUAAAAUUUCAGGAUCAAGCCAUGAUAAAGAAAAAGGGCAUAAAGAAGAUUCAAGUAAACCUAAAUCAGAAAAAAUACCUACUCAGUCAAAAUUGGCAGCAGCACUAACUAAAGGUUCUAGUAAAUCAGAUAAGAAUUCACCAAAGAAUCCAGAACCUGAAGUUAGAAAAAAGAUUGAUUGGGGUCUUAAACAUCCAUCUGCUGGAAAAAUAAAUGGAUUGUCAAAAAGCUCUUCAGUGGAUACGAAGAGUAUUGCUUCUAGUACCAAAGAUUCAGGAAAACUAGCAUCAAACAAUGCACAAAGUUUGUUAGGAAAAGUAGCUAAAAGCAAUACAAAUGGAUGUAUCAGAAAUGGUAAAUCUAAUAACGAUCUUAAAAGGGAUAAUAAAAAUAGCAGCUUAAGCAAUAAAAUAACAAACGAAAAAAAAGCAUUAGAUGGAAAUAGGAAUCAAGAAAUACUUCGAAAGGAAAUGCUUAAGGCAAAACAGUUCCCACCUAAUGAUCUGAGACCUAAACAAAUUCCACCUAAUGAUCUGAGACCUAAACAAUUUCCACCUAAUGAUCUGAGACCUAAACAAUUUCCACCAACAGAUAUAAGGAGGCCUUCUUCCAAUAAAAUUCAAAUUAAAAAAAGGCGAAUAUUGGAUGAUGAUGAUGAUGAAUAUGACUCUGAAAUGGACGAUUUCAUUGAUGAUGGUCCAGAAGAAGAAGAAAAUUACUCAAAAUAUAUUCAAGAGAUAUUUGGUUACAAUAAAUCAAAAUACGCUAAUAUGGAUGAUGAUGUGGAUUUAAUGGAAUCUUCAUUUUGUCAACAAAUGAGAGAAGAAGAAUUCAGUAGUCAUAUAGGUGAAUUGGAGGAUAUUGAACAAGAAAGAUUAGAACAAGAACAUAAACGAAGAAAAGCUUUAAUGAAGAAAAAAAUGAAGAAAUAGUAUUGUCUGAGAUGUGAAUUUCAUUCACAAAUUGCAUUUAAUUUUUAUACCAUCCUAUUGAAAAAAAAUGAGAAAAAACGCACUAAUCUAUGAGAUUUGUGAAAAUACCAUUCUUUCGAAAGAAUCAAAGUGAUCUGAGAAUACUUCUACUUAUCUAAUCUAACCCAGCUAGAUUAGUUUGUAUAAGAAAUAUGAGUUGUCAGAAUGAAUGUGGGGAAACUAAUCUUGAAUGAAAGAAUGGUGAAAUAUAUGUUCAACUUGACGACUUAGAAAUUACUAAUGAUGUUGCCUUUAUAUUGAGAGUGGAGGAUCAUUGAUCUGACACUGAAGAUGUAAAUAUUAUAUUUGUAGUUUUCCUUGCAUAUAUGUAAAUAUAUUAUUGAUUUUUAAUAAUAAAUUAUUUUAAUUCUUGUUA